GGAUGCCAGAGGCAGUGCCUGUGGAUGCACUCAUGGCACUGUCCACCAUGAGAAGACUAGCGUUGGUGCUGACUGGCGUGUGUGAUGCCAGUGUGACUGACGCCAGUAACUUGGUCCUGAAGCUACAACCAGCAGAAGGGUACACGGAGAUUGAAUUCGAGUCCAGCAGUUUAACAUUAUUUGGCAUCAAAGACAUGAUCGGCAACCUGAAUAACCGAAACGUCCUGAUACAAGAAAGGUUAACAAUUCAAACGAGCGUUACCAUUUCACGGCAAGACGAGCUCGACCUGAGGUCCAAAGCUAAAGCAACUUUAUUCAAGACAAACUGCGCAUGUACCUUAUCUAUGUGAGUCUCACUGUUGUGCAUAAUUAUGUAUUAUGUGGUAUUAGGUUGGUAGACAACAACCACACAGGGAGGUACUACCAUCCUGUGGUAGUAGGUUGGUAGACAACAACCACACAGGGAGGUACUACCAUCCUGUGGUAGUAGGUUGGUA